CCGCUGUAAACCGUUACUAAGGCAACGACGUAUGACGUGACCCGCGGGAGAACAAACGUUCAGGGAGAGCACACAAACAAAACUCUGCACUGUUUUCCUCUUAAAUUUAGUUUAUUUGGUGAUAUUUUUUGAACAUGGAGAGACACAACUCGGGGAGAGAAAGGCUCAUAGUUCCCACUGACUUUACCUCACCAGCGGGUUCAAGGAAUAUCCAAGAAGACCUGGUACCCCCAUCCCAUUUCACAUCGAGUGUCCAGCCCGCUGCAACACAGAGAGGUGUUCAAAUCCCACGGACAACACCACCCACCUCCUGGUUAACGCCAGGUGUUACCUCGGUACCACCAAGGGAUCCCAGUCCUGCCGAUCCAUGGCUCGCUAUCACUCAGACCCAGCAGGAAAUCUUGGAGCUGAGGAAGGAAAAUCAGAAGCUCAUGAGGUUACAAGGACAUAGUACAAGAGAAAGGAUGCCUGUGGAGCACCCGUCAGACCUAAGAUGUGCAGACAGGAGAGAGCAGUGGUCGAGAUGGGAGUCAGAGUGGCGUCUCGAGGCAGAGAAGCACAAAGCUGAAGCUGAGAGGUUGAAGGGUCAGGUGGAGGCCCUCAAGGAGUCUGCAGGAAGACACAGAGAAGAGAUGAGACACAGAGACAGCAUCGUGAACAGACAGAGCCAUGAGUUGGAAGCAAUGCGUGAAGAGCUAUGUAAAGCUAAGACUGAACUGAGCCAAAUCAGAGAGGGGCUCACUCAGAGCAGUACGCAGAAAGAGAAAAUAAGCUCACAGCUUGAACGACUAAAGGGAGAAUCUGAUGAAGAAAUUGCAAAACUGAGGAGAGAUGUAGAGAGGAGCAAAGAGGAGAUCCAGGAGCUCGUUCUGAAGGCUGAAAUGGGCAGGUUACAGGCUGAGGAGGAGGCCAAACAGCAGACACUUAGACUGUCAGAACAACUGGAAGAAAUGCACAAGAAGCAGGAGGAGGAGCUGCAACAGUUGAAUGCCUCCCACUGUGCAGAGUUAAGUGCAGCCAGGAAAACAAACAACGAACUACAAGACAGACUUCAGUCAAGGACCUCAGAAGUGCUGCAGCUAAAAAGUACUCUGAUGGAGGUGUCUACUGAGAGAGAUGGCCUGAAAGAGCAUUUAAGCCAAAUGGGACAAGCUUUUGAGACACAAUCAGCAACACUGCACAGCCUCCGAAAUUACAUCGGCCAGCUCGCCCCAGAGAAAGGAGAGAAGGAACGAUUAAAUGACGCUGUUGAGAGGCUGAACAAAGAGAAAGCAGCUCUUCAGAUGACCACAGAGCUUUUGACUGUCAGGCUGAACUCUGUGAAUGAGAUACUCACACUCCAAGAGGAGAGAAUGGUGAAGAAGACCUCAACAGACCCACUUAUGAAGAAUGGAUCCGAAGGCCUUCAAGUGCUUCAGCUCUGGAGAGAGAAAGUGUUCAAGUUGUGUGUCCAGCUUCGCUCAAAGGACAUUGAACUGAGAGGAGAGAAGGACACACUUCUUUCAAAAGUCAGAUCCAUGGAGCAGCAGCUUCAGCAGGAGCAGCACCGGGCGAGCGUGUUCCAGCACAGUCUAGAUGACAGGAUAGCUGAGCUGGACCUAGAGAGAGUGAAAAAGGAGACACUAGAACAGGAUUUGGUCCAGGCUCGCAAGGAAAAUUCACAGCUGAAGUCACUGACUGAAAAAGCAGAGGCGGAGCUCAGUACCCUCACAGAAGCAGUGCAAAGGUUCAGUCUGGCGUUUGGAGGCAAGGUGGCAGACGUGGAUGCAGCUCAAACGAGGCUCAACACUUUAACCCAGAGGCUAACAUUCGCUAAAAGACGAGUGGAGACGAUCCAAGGUUUGAUCAUGAGGAGGGUCGCUCUGCAGAAAGUUCAGCAGGCCAGUAAACACGUAGAACAGACUGCAGACAGCAUCACAAAUCUCCAGACAGAGCUUAGUUUGGUGUGUGAAGAGAGAGACAAGCUCACACAGGAGCUCAAAAGAACCCCAGAGCUCAUCGAUAAAACUCUGGCCGAUCUCAAAGAACAGUACGAGAGCACACUGAGGCAGCAGCAGCAGCAGCUGGAGCAGAGCUGGGUGGAGGUCCGACAGGCGGUGGCUGGCAGAGAGGAGGCCGAGCAGAGUCUGCAGCAGAUCCAGGCCCAGCUGGAGGAGAGCAGAGUCAACCUGGAGAAACUCCGCUCUGAGCUGCUCAGCCAGCAGGAGCACAGCGAGCGCGCUCUGCAGGAGAGAGUGUCUGAGAUCAAGGACAGCUGUGCUGAGAAGCUGAGAGAGAUGGAGUUUCAAGUCAAUACUGCCAAGAGAGAGCACACCAAAGCAGUUAUGACUUUGCGGCUGUUUGAGAAAGAGGCAGCAAGGAAACAGGAUGAGAUGAAAGAAACUCAACAUUUGGGGAGCGAACACAGAAAAAGUGAAGUCCAGAAUAAACAACUGAAGGAGACUGAGAAAGACAAAAACCUACUGCUGGUCACUGUUGCAGAGAGAGGGCUGACAAGUGCUCACACAGGAGGACUACAGAACUCUGCUGCUCCCAGGGAACAUCCUGCAAAACCUUCAGAGACGAGUCGCCAUGUGGGAGCGAAAACACAACUACCUGCAGGCGAGAGACUGCUGUCUGUUUUGGAGGAGCUCCACUCUCUCAGUGCUGCUGUGGUAAACAGCUCUGAGGACUCUGCGGAGGAGGAUGGACAGGGUGACAGCGUGGGACCGUCCACAGGCGGUCCUCACAGCUGAUACCUGACGACGAUGAUUCACUGGAGCCCCUGAACACACCUUUAAUUUGUACAAAAGGUGGGCAGUGUUGGUGCGUUAAGAGCCAAAGAAAAUUCAGUCAGUCAUGCUACAGUAGUGGGUGUAUGAGAAGAAGAAGAAGAAGAAUCUGUGCUUAAAUUUAAAUUCUUUCAAAUUCUUCGUCUCUGUCAGUCUCCAGGAUGCGCUGUACUAAUAUUUGUAAAAUCUGCACAAGCACUCCGUAAACCGAAGUGGAAUAAAAGGUUUAAAUAUUUACGUGAAUGUGUAGAGUUUCAGAAUAAUCUAGUUUUUCAUUCUCUUGCUUGAACUAAAUCAUCACACCAAGCCUUUUACUUAUUUUAGGGUAAUUGACCCCGAAUAGUUUGAACUGUGCCCAUUGAACCAAUGAUCACAAUCACACUUUGGCAACAGAUGUGUGAAGACAAGUCCAAAAUAGAGACUAUAUUUUUAUGUGGGAUAAAACAAUAGAAUUUACACUCAUGUAAAACAGCUGAACAGAUGGUAAAGACUUCAGCAAAUGCAAAUAUGUGAGCU